UAGCUCGUCCACCGCCCCACGGAUCAUUUCUCUCUUAUUUCUCUCCUCUUCUGAGCUCGAAGAGUGGGGGGGGUAACCAAAUCCUCAUCGCUUCCGGAAUCCUUCUCUUAUUCUUAUUUAUUUAAAUCCAAUCCCAUCAGAUUCAGCGUCUUUCUUUCGCUGAGUCUAAUUCUUUCUUUGUUAUAUCAAAUCGUCUACUCCGGAUUCUCUUUCAAGUUUAUUCAGAUCGAGGUAUGCAGCAGGCUGAUAAAUCUGGAUUGAGCUUGAGACCUGGUGGCGGUCGUGGUAGACUCCUUGGUCCUCGCUUCGACUCUUCUUCCGCCCACCCUUCUUCCCUCGCUUUCGGUUCCUUUUCUUCUGAUCGUCCCCAUGGCGGUGCCGGCGCUGGCUUCUCUAUCAAGGCUGGAGAUUCGCGAUUUGAGGGUCGUGACCGUGUGAAGUACUCUAGAGAGCAGAUCUUGAAGCUUAGAGAGGCUGUUGUGGUUCCUGAUGGGAUUUUAAAAGCCAGAAAAGAAGUCGAAGCUGAGUUUCUUCUUGGUGAAGAUCAACCUUGGGUUCGUGCAGAACCCAAUGUGAACAAUUUGCCAAAUCAACUGGCUCAUUAUCCUGAGCCAGACAACCGGGAUUGGCGCAACCGUCGUGCACCAGUUACUGAUGCACUUCGGGAGAAUAGAGAGCCUGGUAAUUAUAGACAGCAGGAACCUAAUCAACAACAAUAUCAGAGGGGGCAAAACCCUUCCAACCAAGGGGGAGGGCCGGUUCCUGCUCUUGUAAAAGCCGAGGUCCCAUGGUCUGCUAGAAGAGGUACCCUAUCUGACAAGGACCGUGUUCUGAAGACUGUAAAGGGGAUAUUGAACAAGCUGACCCCAGAAAAAUUUGAUCUCCUUAAAGGACAGCUAUUGGACUCUGGGAUUACCUCAGCUGAUAUCCUAAAGGAUGUCAUUACAUUGAUCUUCGAUAAGGCUGUGCUGGAACCUACAUUUUGUCCAAUGUAUGCAAUUUUAUGCUCCGAUCUUAAUGAAAAGCUUCCCAAGUUCCCAUCAGAUGAACCAGAUGGAAAAGAAAUCACUUUCAAGCGUGUUCUCUUGAACAAUUGCCAAGAAGCUUUUGAUGGUGCUGAGAAAUUGAGGGAAGAAGUGCGGCAGAUGACUGCCCCUGAACAAGAAAUGGAGCGUAAGGAUAAAGAAAGAUUGGCUAAGAUUCGUACUCUUGGAAACAUUCGUCUAAUUGGAGAGCUCCUGAAGCAGAAGAUGGUGCCUGUGAAGAUUGUCCAUCACAUUGUUGGGGAGCUCUUAGGUCCUGACACCAAAGUUUGUCCUGCUGAGGAAAAUGUGGAGGCCAUAUGCCAUUUCUUUACCACUAUUGGUAAAGAGCUUGAUGAGAAUCCAAAAUCACGUCUUAUAAUGGAUUCGUACAUUAACCGAUUGAAGAUACUGGCAACAAUCCCUCAGUUGGCUCCAAGGCUGAGGUUUAUGGUUCGCGAUGUAGUUGAUUUGCGGUCCAAUAACUGGGUUCCCAGGCGUGAGGAGGUGAAAGCCAAAACCAUCAGUGAAAUACACACAGAGGCAGAAAAGAAUCUUGGAUUACGUCCUGGUAGCAUUAGAACUGCUCGUGGGAACUUCUCUGGUACUCAAGCGAGUACCAGCCCUGGGCCCUUCCCCAACAACCGAACUGGUUUAGGGGGUAUGAUGCCUGGUAUGCCUGGGAUUCCAGGAACUAGGAAGAUGCCUGGUAUGCCUGGAAUGGACAAUGACAAUUGGGAGGUUGCUAAGACCCGGUCAAUUUCAAGAGGUGAUGGUUCUGGUAUGCAGCAAGCUGGACGUGGGGGCCAGAUGCCAUUUAGUGGCAAAUCACCAUCGGUGAACACAAGGCUGUUACCUCAGGGUAGUGCUGGCCUCACUAGUGGCCGACCUAGUGCCUUGUUGCAGGGUAGUGGUGCUCCUCCUGCUCGCUCAACCAACUACUCUUUUGGCACCGAGUCUGUUACGCAGGUUCCUGUGCCUGCUAGGCCUGUUCCUACUGCAUCUGUAUCUGUUGAAAAGCCUCAAGCUCCGGCUUCAAAGUCAAAGCUUGAUGAACUUAAGAAAAAAACUGUUUCCCUUUUGGAGGAAUAUUUCAAUGUGCGAAUUUUAGAUGAAGCAUUACUGUGUGUGGAGGAGCUAGGGUCUCCAGCUUACCAUCCUGAGGUUGUCAAAGAAGCCAUCUUUCUUGCACUAGAGAAAAGUACAUCCUGCGUUGAACCACUUGUGAAGCUUCUCGGGCAUUUGUAUUCUAAGAAGGUCUUUACAGCGAAUGACAUAAGGAGUGGAUGUUUGCUUUAUGCAUCUUUGCUGAGUGAUAUCGGCAUUGACCUGCCUAAAGCACCGAGUUAUUUUGGUGAAGUCAUGGCGAAAUUAAUUUUAGUUGGGGCUUUGGAUUUUAAGGUGGUGAAAGAAGUUUUGAAGGAGGUGGAUGACGAUUACUAUCAGAAAGCUAUAUUCAAUGCAGGACUGCAGGUUAUCAGUUCUAGCCCUUCAGGGCAAGCUGUGCUGGAUUCAGAAGCAUCUGAUAUUGAGGCCUGCCGGAGUCUAUUCUGAAUCUUUGCAGGAGCAACUCUAGUUUCUGUAUCCAUGUCUUAUUGUUUCACCUCAUCCCAAUUCCCUUACCCUUCACCCUUUUUUGGGUGAACUACUGUACUAUUAGACAAGGGUGGAGUCAGAACAGGUUAAUUUUUCUUCUUUUUUUUCUUUUUUGAGUUGUAUAUUUCUUGAGGUCAUAGUAGAGUGUGAGGAAAUCAAAUCAUAAUGUGGCAUGAAUUUUGCUCUCUAGCUGUGGCUAAUGAAAUGUGGCAACUUGCUGGAGGAUAGUUGGCCCUUGAAGAGUUAGUUUUGAAAUCAAUUUGUUGUCUUGUACUUGAUUAGUUAUUUGUUUAUUUUACUCUAUGUUGAACCUGGCUAAUUCUUAAGUGUCAUGCCCUGUCUUUGCCCUUCCACUAUAAUGGAACUUGAUCUAAUUUUGGGAUU